UUUUGAAUAGGAGAGAGAAAGCAAGAGAACCCACCAAAAAGAAAAUAAGAAAAUGCAAAAUGUAUCACCUGAUGUAUUCUCCGCUGAAAACAAAUAUUUAUGCACCUAUCUGUAUUUUCUUGUUUGUGUGCACCACCGCCACCACCUCCAUCGCUUUCAAUGUGACCACCCUCACUUUUGAAGAAUCAUAUUCUCCCCUCUUCAGCACAUUCAACAUUAAAAGAUCCCCCAACGACAAGACCGUUAAUCUCCUUCUCAAUCGUUUCUCAGGCUCUGGAAUUAUAUCAUCUGAUUAUUACAACUAUGGCUUCUUCAGCGCCAGCAUUAAGAUGCCAUCUGAACAUACCGCUGGCAUUGUCGUUGCAUUCUACACAUCAAACGUGGACACAUUUGAAAGGAACCAUGAUGAAUUAGACAUUGAGUUUCUGGGAAACACAAAAGGGAAGCCAUGGAGGUUCCAAACAAACAUGUAUGGCAACGGAAGCGUAUCACGUGGUAGGGAGGAGAGGUACCGAAUGUGGUUCGACCCAACCAUCGACUCUCACCGAUAUAGCAUUCUGUGGACUCCAAGAAAUAUCAUAUUCUAUGUUGACGAGAUACCAAUAAGAGAAGUAAUCCGCAACAAGGAAAUGAAAGGUGAUUAUCCAUCGAAGCCAAUGUCAGUAUACGCUACAAUAUGGGAUGCUUCUUCUUGGGCUACUAAUGGUGGCCAAGAGAAGGUUGAUUACAAAUACCAACCCUUUAUUGCAGAAUUCACAGAUUUAGUUCUUGAAGGAUGCAUUGUUGAUCCAACAGACCAAUUAUUGUCAUCCAACUGCACUGAUUCCAUUUCCGCAUUGAUUGGAAAGGAAUACUCUACAAUCACUUCGGAUGGCCGCAAAUCAAUGAAAUGGUUUCGAGAAAAAUAUAUGUAUUAUUCAUACUGCUAUGACAAUUUAAGGUACCCUAUCCCACCUCCAGAAUGUAUAAUUCUUCCCUCAGAAAGGGACUUGUUCAAGGACAGUGGGAGGUUGAGGGAAAGGAUGAAGUUUCACGGUGGCAUUCACCACCGUCGUCGCCAUGGGAGGAAUGGGAGGAAUUCUAGGCGACGGAGCAAGGGAGUUGCUGUCGUAUGAUAUGCACACACACACACACACGCACACACACA